CCCGUUUGCGUCACUUUAGCGCUACACGAAAUCUGCACUCCCAUCACUGUUCUGGGGUCAGCCACAGAAAAACUUGUUAUUAACGAAUCUAAAAGGGUUCGCUCCGCAGAUCUUCCGAUCUGCUGUCAGGCACCGUCACGCGUGAACGCGCAGAGUGUGUUCGUGCUGUGCUGUUGUCAGUCUUAUGCAAGCCGCCCAACACAUAGCACGAUGAUGUCCGACGCUGCUGCUCCAGCAGACAACAACGGGGAUCCUGGAUUAAACGGGUCAUGGGUAGAGCUGGAGAUGAACAGAAACGCUGCAUCUCUGUCUUCCUCAAGCGCCUCAGUGCCGCCCCCUUUAGACCAGGUUGUAGAGGAGGAUGACGGGAUGGUCGGGGGGCUGGAACACGUUCCCUCAUCGUCUUCCAUCCACAAUGGAGACAUGGAAAAAAUCCUGCUGGAUGCCCAGCACGAAUCCAGCCGCAGUAACUCCUCGUGCGGCAGCCCUCCUCGACCCCCCAGUCCUCAGGAUGAAGGGCAGAUCAUCUUCGACGUGGACAUGAGGAGAGACAGUCAGGAUUUCGUCAUGGAGAAGAUCAGAGAUGAUGACAUCUUAAUGAAGGAUUCGGAUCGGGUGUCAGACUGGUCAAGUAGACCAGAGAAUGUUCCACCCAAGGAGUUUCAUUUCCGGCACCCGCGACGUUCAGUGACUCUCAGCAUGAGGAAGACAGGAGCCAUGAAGAAAGGAGGCAUCUUCUCUGCUGAGUUCCUCAAAGUGUUUAUCCCCUCGCUGCUUCUGUCCCACAUCCUAGUCCUGGGUCUCGGGGUCUAUAUCGGGAAAAGACUGACAACUCCCACUGCAAGCUCCAUUUGAACACAAAUCCAAUCGAGUGCCUCAGGCAUGGCCCAGGUGGAUUAGGGAGAAGGUAGCAGUUUGUACGAAGAAGCCCCCCUGCUGCCCCUUUCUUUCUUUCCCUUUAUCCAACCUUGCCAUGCCUAGAAGUAUCAGUGAUAAACCUUUCUUCAUUUCAGGCCCUUUCUUGUUUAUCACUCUUUGUAUCCCUUUUUAACACCCCAUUUAGUAAAAGCAUCUCAUUUUGGAAAGUAUUUGGGGAAACCCAAACACGCACACGCUAGCUCUGCGCUAGCUCGGCUAGGAGGCAGCGAUGUGUCUGUUUAGCACCCCUUUCUGUUCUGAUCACAUGACCCAAGAGGGAGCCACUCACGAGUCAUAAAGGAUCCUCAAAUGGGAUCAACCAAAAUGUGACUUAUUGAAGCAUGCCUGAGUGAUAGCUAAGAUUUGAUUUUUUACUAGAAAUGCUAUCCAUUUAGUUAUUUGUAUUUAAUUUAUGGGCAGAUUGCCAGGAUGCUGGACCUGGAAGUGUUUUGGGAAGGAUAGGGCUCUCCGUAGAUCCCAAGCUCAUCUGGUGAAGACUGAAAAUCAAUAGCUGACACACGUUUAUGACUGUAUGGCAUACAAUUUUAUACCAAGUUUUGCAUAAUCUUUUACACAACCCUGAUAAAGACAGCACCUGUUACAUUGAAAUAUCUGAUGCAUAUAUUUUUAAAUAUUUCAUCGCAUAAACGUAGAUAAAAACCGGAUGGAUGGGACUAACGGAUCCCUGUAUGGAAAACAAACGCUAUUGUUAUUUUAUUGUUUGUUCUGUCAUUUGUUUGCCUAUAGUUUCUUCACAUAAAGUACAUAUCAUGACCUAGUGAUUCAGAACUAGGCUUCUACAAAGCAUAUUUUGCAAUACCUCACAAUUUACCAUUAGCAUUGAGCUGGAUUGCAUUCAAAGCUAAGAGGAUCUUGCUAACAAGGACAACAGCUUUGGUAUUUUGCCAUGUUGUCAUAGCCGUGUCAAACUUUCUAGAAUUUUCAUAUACUUAACUUAAGGGCAUCAGUGCAAGAGAAACCUUUCUUCAAUUAUAGGGAUGGUUCACCCAAAAACAAUAUUCUGUCAUUAAUUACUCAACUUAAUGUCAUUCCAAACCUGCUUGAUUUUCUUUCUUUUUUUCUGUGGAGCACAAAAGAAGCAGCUUUGAGCAUACAAUGGAAGUGAAUGGAGAUAAACUGAAGAGAGCAGCUUUGAUUUCUUUAAAAUAUCUAUGUACUUGGACUUACAUAAGAUUGAAUAAUGAUGACAUAAUUUUAAUAAUUCUCACGCGAGUUAUUGACCUCGCACGCUUACAGAGUCAUAGUCGCACACAUUUAUUGAACACUAACACUCCAGCGCCACAGGUGACUGUUAUCCUGGACAUGAAAACCCCAGUCCUAUAUCGUUUGUGUUUUCAACCCCGAAGUGAAAUUAUUCUCAAGUCUAGUUGGGUUUUUGUCUCUUUUUAAGUGUAUUUUGGAUGUGCAAACCAGUUUCUUUUUGUCUUCAAUAUCUAUCUAAGGAAUUACUUGUCCUCGAACACAGCUGCCAAAAUCAACUGAGAGCUCAACUUUGAUAAACUUUGUGCCUCGUCUCCUUAAUCAUGUUAGAUACAGAAUCCUGUCAUCAUUUCCUGUUAUCAUGCGUGUGUUCUGUUCCACAAGCUUUUCCGUUUUGUUAUUUUGCACCAUCUUAUUUGUGAAUGUGACUUUUGGAAGGUUUCUCAUAUGCUUUGUUUGUUUGGAUUUUUUUGAAGUCUUUACCAAGGCAAAGUAGAAGAGAAGGUACAGGAUAGUUAAAACAUUGUGUUUAUAUCUGUAUUCGAAAAUUGUGGUAGGAAAGAAAUGAGUUAUAGGCUACUCUUCUAUUUGGAGAUGGUUUCUUCAGACUGCGAUGUGAUUAUAAAAUGAAGUUUAUUGGUUUAACAGACCCUUUUUUUUCAUCCCUGUUGGAUAAUGACACAAUUUUCAAAUUAAAAUUAAAAGAACAAUCUGAAUUUCA